UUUUCCCUUGCUACCAAAUCCCAUAGAUCCUUCUUCAUAUAUUUGAUGUCUUAAGUAUUAAGUAUUUACAAUGUAGAAAGUCGUACAAGCACAAAACACUCAGAAGGCGUGUCCAAACUUUUGGCCUGUACUGUAUGUUUUUAAUAUUCCUGACUGAAGGUCUGGAAUUGAAUAUCACACACAAGAUAUUUAUUCUCUCACCAUAGGCAUUGCUAAUGUAAAUGUCAAUUACGGUCCCAUUUAUUCCUAAGUAAUAGUUCAUGAUCACAUCGCAUUCCUUUUAGAAAUGCAUUUAAACAGUAAGCUCUUCUCUACUGUGGCAGUCAUAGAUUGUUCUUACCUAACACGUGCUGUUUCACUCACUGGAAACCCUAUGUGUUUGAUUCUCUGUUGACAAUGUCACCUCUUCUAUUUUGCCAGUUGACUCAAAUGGUCCUUUGAUUCAUCAGUCUGAUGUCUCACUUCCCGAUCAAAGUUCCUGACAGUUUUGACUUUAUUCCUAAUGUUUAAAGUUGUACUGCGAAAGAGGAGCUCUGCCAAAGAGCUCUGAGAAAGACAUAUUGGUUGUUUCAUUAGCCUUUGUGUCUAGUUAAACUUUUACCGCCUCCCCCUUCUGUUUUGAAAGUGAGUCCACUUCCAUAGCAACCAGCAUUCUGUAAUUACAAGAGGCGGCAGAGUGCUGCUCCACUCCUGUGCGACUGAGCUUCUUUUCACAGAAACUCUGUGUCCUGGUCCCCUGUAGGUCUAGAUGAUGAUGGUCAGAGACAAUCUAACAGAAUUGCCUCAUGUUUCCGCCAACACACUGGAGGACUUUUUGGUCUCGGACGACGUGUUUACACUCUACUUCAAUGAUUUCUUGAGUCUGCCGUGUUUCUCGCCCGCUUUACAGUACAACCAGGAGACUGGAUUAUUCGAGGUACCCAGUGAUGCUGCUGAGUUAGUCUCCACUCGAAUCAGCGAUGCACUGCAGCAAAGGAAACAGGAACUGCGAUCGGGUGAUUCCAUCACACAGCUGCUGGUGGACAACCAGUAUAUUGUCUGCUGUCUCGACAAAGAGCAAGGACUUGAGUGGAUCAUAAAGGAGAAACUACCGUUCUUUCUUCAGAGCAACUGCUACAAUGAAUACAGACUAGCCAAGACGCUGUUUCGCUGGAUCCCAAAUGGCAGCAGCCCGUGGGGAACUUGCUCUUCUGCUGACAGCACGUUUUCAGCCUCCCAGUGUUGUUUUUGCAGCUACUUGAAGGCAGAAGCUGAUCGAAUGUCUAGGAAAGUGGAUCACCUGACAUGUUUGUUCUAUAAUCAAAGGAGACAGAGCCACACCAAAAACCAGUGUGUGAAAUGUGCUUCCGUUUGUCCAGAGACAACCACAGCUCCCCCAGUAGCAUCAGUAGCCUCCUCUUCCUUGAGAUGUGAGGACCCUCACACUGCUGAGGAGGGCAUCCCUCCCUCUCAGGAAGCAGCUGACAAACAAGAGCUCACUCAUUUGUCUGAGCAACAGUUGGAGGAUCUGGCCCAGAGGAUAGUUGAGCAGGUGCUCCAGGAUGUGCUGGCCAUGAUGAAUGAAGAGGUUGGAGCAAAUAAAGCAGAGCUCACACAGCGUGGCGACCCAGAUGGAGCCUGUGAAAGUAAAGUUUGCCAGUGUUCCCCUGACAGGGAACAUGAAGAAUCGAAGCAGAGUGGGAAAGGUCAGGAUGACCCGCACUCAAGUGGACGGCAAGAAAAGCCAGAGUGGGAUAAGGUGCCGGACAGUGGGGGCGCUGACACGGAGCGUUUACUAGGCAUUUGUUGCCAUGAUACCUGUUGCCAUGACGGUCGACCGGGCUUGGAUGAGUUUAGGAAGUUUCUAUGUGGGACAUCAGGAGACAAGAUACUCAAUCUUUGGUUGGAUAUCGAGAGACUGAAUGGCAUGAAACACAGUGAACGCAAAGAAAGCUACUUGGCGCUGAUGAGGAGUCGGUACCUGCUGAGCAGCAACCAAAACCGUCUGAACAUGGAGCUCAUCUCCAGGUUGGGGCUGAUAACCUCCUCCUGCUGGACGGAAGAAAAACUGCAGUUGGUGCAGCCGCACCUCACUGAGACCCUGUUCCGCUACUGGGCUCCUCGGUUCUGGACCUCGCAGUAUGUCAGAGCAUUCCGUGAUGAGUACGCCAAACUGCUGAUCAAGAAACCGACCAGUGCUCCAAGCCACCAGCCAUCCUGGCAGCGCCAGUGCACCACACUGAACCUGCCGCCUCUCUGUCCUGAUGCCAUUCUGGCCUGGCCGCCCCACUCUGUCCAGCUAGAGCUGCACAAUGCUAAACAGUUGCUGGACAGCAGUCAGAUCGAGAGCAUGUUGCAGGCUCUCUGUGUGGAGGCCCAUGCCGGCAUGUACACCACAGGCUUCUGUGAAGCAUCUGGAAACCAGAUUUGGGCCAACGCUGUUUACUUUUGGACCGACCUGCAGCAUUAUCAUGAGCUCUUCUAUCAGGAUGGACUGGACCCGUACAGAGUGCAGCGGGAAGCACAGCUGCUGUACACCACGUAUCUGUUCAGCUCAGCCAAGCGCAGCCUUGGUGUCGACGAGGAGACAAGGAAGAGGGUGUACAACCAUCUGCAGCCGGCGUUUGAAGAUCUUUUUGAUGAGGUGGAGGAACACACGCUUAACAUCCUGCUGGAGGCCUGGAGACAACUGAUCAGCAGGGACACAAACACCUUCCAUCAGCUCAGUGUGCAUGAUGAGGUGCGCCACGUGGACAAUGAGGAGUACAGAGAACUGAGGAGUCUGUAUGAUGAGUCGCAGAGGAAACAGUCUGAUUUGCUGCUGUCUUCUGCUGACACUGGGCUGCCAGACGCUUGGUCCAAGGUGCAUCCCCGCUACCAAGGCUACCGCCUGGCUUCUUUGUUUCGCCACCAUCACGAGAUUCGCUACUUCAGAGACUUUCUAGAAAAGCUGGACGCCAGUAUUCACCUGCAGUGCUGGCUGGAUCUGAGGGAGUUCAGGAUGAUUCCGCCACUAGAGGAGGAUGAGAGGCAGGAGAAGUCUUCUGUCAUCAUGAACAAGUAUCUUAACAGGCGGUACUUCUUCAGCCCAGAUGGUCCUGCCAGCAUCGACGAACAGAACAGUGUACUAAGUCAGGCAGGUGGACUGGAGCGAAUAAAGCAAGGAGCCCUCUCCGACACCGUUGUCAAGGAGAUUCAACAAAUUGUGAAGAACCACAUCGAAAACACAUGGCUGCCUCUCUUCCUGGCUACAGCAGAAUUUAUCGAUCGCCAGACACAAAAGUCAAAGCUGCAGGCUGCAGAGAGACUGUCCCAGCAGCAGCGGCGCAGGACCAAGAGAGCCGGAAAGUCUGAAAACCUGUGGAUGACAUCGUCCAAGGAAAUCCUCCUCUUCCGGAGGAUUCUCCUGAAUCCCGGCUCAGCCGAGCAGUUCCAGCGCUUCGUCUCAGUGAAGGGAGAGUUCAUGGAGAAGAACAUCCUCUUCUGGCAGGAGGUGCAGCGCUACAAGGAUCUUUGUCAUUCCAACUGCGACAACUCCACCAUCCACCGCAAGAUCAACACCAUCGUCAACUGCUUCAUCAACUCCGCCAUGCCUCCAUCGCUGCAGAUCAACAUCCCUCAGGAGCAAGCCCAGCACAUCAUGGAGAACCAGUACAACCUGGGGCCGUACGUCUUCAGGGAGGCUCAGAUGUCGGUAUUCGGCGAGCUGCUUCGGUACUGGCCUGAAUUUCAAAAACUGACAGGCAGCAUCCAGGAGGAGAAGCUCCUGCCGCUGCUGGAGGAGAGGAGAAUGCAGCACAAAGCCAAACUUCAAAGACAGCGGAGGAAACUGGAGGACGAGGAGGCCAGGAAGUCCCAGGAGGACAAUGAGCUGAGAAUGCGCGUGGCGGAAGAGAGCGAAGAAGAGUAUGCGGUGGAGGACGGUCAGGCCACAAAGCCUGAGAAAGAAAGGAUGACUGUCAGCAGAACGCAGUUGUACCCCAAACAGCCACUGUCAUGGUCGUACUCCAAGUACAUUGCUGCCCUGAAGAAGGAGGAAGUGAAGCUGAGGAGACAAGGCAAGAUGGCGAUCUGCUUCACGCCCACUGUUGAUAACAUGUCUGUGUGCAGUGGGAAGUCUACAGGAAGUAAACGUGGCCGGCAGCAGAUCUCGACCCGCUCGUCCAGAUCCAGCAAGCGCUAGCCCACGGGCAGUUUGCCCUCCUGCUUGCUUGCAGGAGGCUCACUGAGGAGGAGCUGACUCACUCUGUCAUCUAUAAAGCCAACACAAUGAUGACAAAGAUUCUGUUUUAUUUAAAUGGUUUUGUCCAUGUUGAGGGUUUAGACUUGAUCUAUUGGAUCAAUACAAAAAUAAUGUUGACAACAAUAUAAACAAGCAACUCUGCUCCUCAAAUCCCUGGGUCAAUAUUGCACUUGAACUGCCAUCAGUGUCUUCAUUGAGUUCGCUGAGCAGUUUAUACAAAUAUAUAUUUAAGGCGGAACAAAGUAAGACUUUGAAAUGUGAUGUCAGUGGAAGCCCACGCGCAAGGCUUUGUCCUUCACCAUGAGGAACUUGCUGACGAAGACUUUGGCAAAGGCGGGUUCCACCAGGUAGCGGUAAGACUUGGUGACGGACGGCGGCGGCUCCGCGAGCGUCACCGGCGCCUGCUGCUGGAGGGACGCGGGAGAUGGAGACAGGAACUGGCAGGCUCGAGUCACGUAGUCCACCAGGCGCUGGUACUGCUGCUCCGACAGCCGCUCACGCACACCGUCGCCCUGGCAACAAGCAAAGACACCCGCUCAGAUGAGACUUCUGACCCCUGACACGGAGGUGAUGGAGUCUGGACUGAAUCUUAGAAUAUCCCCCAUCAACAUUGUUUUCCCAGCUGUGUCGUGUGAAUAAACACGUUCUUUGGUCA